GGAUUAUUGAAACACAUUAGAUCUCAUUAAAAAUUCAGUGUUUGGUUACCGGACGCAUUUACAGUGAGAAAGAAUCCGGCGGUCUGGUAGACUCCGUCUGACCGAGGCUGACAUGAGCCCAUGCACUUGCCAGAUCGGUGUGGGAUCGAUGGGUUUCGGUCGGGCUGUGCAUGGAAGGACAUGGAUGGAUGGAUUGAAGACCUAAACCUUUGGAUCAUUAGAUCCGUGGCGCUGAUCCACGGCUUGAUAUUGUUAGGGUUUGAGACAGGGCUCUCUCGCAGAGGGUUAUUGCAGGUCCGUCGUUCGUGUCACUCCUUUCUCCUCCCACACUCUCAAGCACGACCAAGUUUUUCGACUUACCUCCUGAAAGACGCCAAUUAGACACAGUUGAUUGUCGAGAUGGCCGACGGUGAGGAAGUCGCCAGUGAUGUUCUGGCCGAGGCGCCCGCUGCCGCCGCCCCCACCCUUGGGGAGCCCAUGGACAUUUUGACCGGUCUCCAACUCGUGUUGAAGAAGUCACUUGCUCACGAUGGUCUGGCCCGAGGUCUUCACGAGUCAGCCAAGGCUAUUGAGAAGCACGCUGCUCAGCUCUGUGUUUUGGCUGAGGACUGCAACCAGCCCGAUUACACUAAGCUGGUUCAGGCUCUCUGCUCCGAGCACAAUGUCAACCUUAUUUCUGUUCCCAGCGCCAAGAAAUUAGGCGAGUGGGCAGGGCUCUGCAAAAUCGAUUCCGAGGGCAAGGCCAGGAAGGUUGUCGGCUGUUCAUGCGUUGUAGUCAAGGAUUACGGUGAAGAGACCGAAGGUUUGAACGUCAUCCAAGAUUACGUCAAGAGCCACUAGAGGUCCAACUUACAGAGUAAAUAGAUUUCAGUGGUUGACCAAUAUAGGAGUGCAAGGGGAAGGUAUAUUCUACAAUGCCUCCAACUUAGUGAUGUCACAUUUGACUCGAUCAGUUGGUGAAUCUCAUAGAGAACGAACUCCCGUCAGGGGUUCCUGCAACUUGAUUAUGAAGGUUCUGUACAAGAUGCAUUUGAACUCUUCUCCUUCAAAAUUUUGAUCCUUAUACAUUUUCAAGGACAAAAUGGCUUCUUCAUUGUCCCCUGUAUGC